AUGUGUGACAGCCUUUUAGUUCUGAAUAUAAAGGUUACUGAGAGGAAAUUAGGUUGGUUCGCAGAGAAGAUCAGCCAGACCUUGCUGUGCGUCUUGCUGAGGAGCAGGUAUCUCCGCCAGUACUGUUCUUCAGAUACUACUAGUACAUGUAGAAGAAAAAUGGAAGUCAUUGAGCUGGGAGAAGUCGACCUGAACUGUCCUUCCAACUGCCAAAUUCAUAAUACCCAUUUCUUCGGAACCGACAGACAGAUAAUAAGGAGAGGGCAAGCCUUCAACUUUUAUGCUCGCUUCCAAAAUCGGGAAUGGGAUGACUCCGUGGACCAGGCUGUUUUCACUGUGGAGACAGGCCUCAGACCCUGUGAAUCAAAUGAGACGAAAUGUACCUUCCCAAUGGGCAAAUGUCUAGAUCAAACUUGCUGGAGUGCUUCCCACAAAAUUCAUCAGCCAAAAUGCAUCAAUAUCAGCGUGUUUCCUCCUUCCAACUCCUGCAUUGGCCGUUACAUUCUCAAUAUGCAAAUCACAUCUUGUGGUCACACAUAUCAGCGAUGUCUUGGAGAUUUUUAUGUCCUUUUUAACCCUUGGUGUGCAGAUGACCCUGUAUAUAUGGACAACCAAGCUCAUAGAGAAGAAUAUGUUCUGAAUGAACAUGGGAUUCUGUAUGAAGGAGUUCACAAACAUAUUACCUCCCGACCGUGGCACUUUGGCCAGUUUGAAGAAGGAAUUCUGGAUAUCUGCUUGAAGAUCCUAGACAUGGGUGCAAGUUACCAUCAUGGCUCUGAUCGUGACCAUUGCUGGCGCAAUGAUCCUGUGCAUGUCAGCAUGGUGGUAAAUCACAUGAUAAGCAGCCAUACCACUAACAGUAUCAUAAAGAUUCCAGAAAACAAUGAUUACCUGAAAGGAACAAAGCCGUUUUCCUGGAAUGGGAGUGUCCCUAUUCUUCAGCAGUGGUACAAUGGCAGAUGCAGGCCGGUCAGAUAUGGGUACUGUGGGUCUCUUGCUUCAGUAAUGUGCACAGUGAUGAGAUGUUUGGGAAUUCCAAGCCGUGUUGUCACAAACUUCUGUUUUCCAUGCUCAAUUGAGAAUCCCCUUGGUAUCAAUGAGAUUUUUGACUGUACUGGAAAAAACCUGUGUGGUAAAGACAAGCUAUGGAGAUAUCACUGCUGGAAUGAAUCCUGGAUGGCUCGCAGAGACCUAAAUCAAUGCUGUGGUGAUUGGCAGUGUCUGGAUCCAACACCUUUGGAAACAGGCAGAGGUUUAGCUUGCAGUGGUCCUACAUGGGUUCGAAGCAUCAGAGAAGGGGAACUGGACAUGGACUAUGAUGGCCAUCAUAUGUUUUCUCGAGUAAAUUCAAACUAUGUCGGCUGGCUUUCUCAAAACAAUGCCAAAAGAACAAAAUUUUUCUGUGAUGCCUGGCCAUGUGGACAACGUCUAAUCACCAAGAGUGUUGGCAGUGAGCAAUUUGAAGAUAUCACUGGGGCUUACAAGUAUGAAAUAGGUAUGAUAAGUUCUGUAAAAAACAAAGAAGCCUGUUACCGGGCCUACAGAAGAAUUCACCCAGGGUACUGCAAUGCUUCCAACUGUCAUAUUGAGAGAGAGUUAUCAUCUCUGAAAAACCCAUUUUUGAGUGACUCUGGUAUUAACAUGAGAUUAAAGAUGGCUAACUGCCCAAUGUAUGGUGAAGACGUCCAAUUGCACUGGCUGCUUGAAAAUUUGCGUAAUGAAAAUAAAAACCUGAAGUUUAAUUUGUGCGCACAAAUAAUAACCUACAGUGGCUGCCCAAUGGAUCAAUUUUGGAAAGACAGUGUGAAUGUCACGUUGGGUCCAAGGGAGGUGAAAAAAAUUCCACUGUGUAUAUCAUACAGUCAAUAUGGACCAUAUCUCUGUGAUCAUAAUAUUAUGAAAGUAGUUGCUGUCUCAGACCCAGAGUGUGGAGAAGUUCUGAUGGUGAGCAGGGAUAUUGUGAUCAACAGGCCACCUGUUAUUGUAAAGCUACUGAGCCAGCCCCGGCUGAAAGUACCAUGUACUGCAGAGAUCUCCUUCUGCAAUCCUCUCCAGGAAGAUAUGAAGAACUGCGUAAUGACAUUAGAAGGCUGUGGUUUAUUCAAAGAGCCAAUGACCAUUGAGUAA